AUGGAUAUAUUUCAAAUUGUUACAUCUGUGUUUAUGCUCUUAUGCAGUCUAUUAGGUGUUGUAUGUUCGUUAAUCUUCAUUGCUAUAGUCUUCCUCGAUCAUCGGUGUCGCACACCUAUCGUCGUAAUUAGUCUUAAUACAGCAGUUGCUGGUUUUAUUAUUAAUACAAUUUAUGCUUCUCAAGCAAUCUAUCAAAUGAUUAGUGAUAGUUCUGAUGUUUUAUGUGUAUUUCGAGGUUUUUUGCUACAUAGUUCAACCGGUCUUUUUUAUCAAAGUCUUUGUAUUCAAGCAAUUUAUCGUUUAUUUGUAACUGUUUUUGCACAACGACGAAAUCUUCAAUCGAAAUAUGUUAUUAUACCCAUUAUUGUUAUUCAAUGGAUUAUUUCUAGUACAUUUGGCAUUCCUAUCCUAUUGAUGAAACGAAUUCAAUUUCAAGAAACAGGUCGAAUUUGUCAGGUAGCCAUAAAUGAUAUAUUUGGUUUUAUGUAUCUUGCAACAUUUAUUUAUUUUCUUCCUGUAACAGGAAUUAUUUUUAUUUAUAUUGCAAUAUUGAAAUAUACUAAAAGAAGUCUUAUUAUUGCUAAUGUUCGCCAACUUGGACUUGAACAAACUCGUUAUCGACGUGAAUUACGAUUUAUAAAACGUAUCCUUAUUCUUAUUUCUAUAAUUUUCAUAACUGGAGUGCCUUAUUUGACAUUUUUUCUACAAGUUAAUAUCAGCCAAUCACUAAUGCCAUCAUAUGGUCAUCGGAUAAGUUUUAUGUUUCUCUCCUGUGGACAAGGUCUAGUCAUGCUACUUGCGAUAUUCUAUGCUGAUGAUGUACGACAAAGUCUUCGAAAUAUUUUAUUAAAAAAACUGCCGUGGAUUAGAGGACGACGAAUUGGAAAUAUAAUAUCAUGA